CGGCAUCUAGUUAUUUAUAUCUAUGCUUUUGCACGUGUUGGUGGUGCGUCGGUGCGCAUGCGCUCUGUUUCAGGAUCGUGUGUCAUGGCGGCGUAUGGGGACAUACUUAAGAGCGAGUUUCCGCAGAUCGACUGUGAAGUCUUCGAUUAUAUCACCGGCGUGUUAGACUGUGGCGGCUCCGAUUUUGAGGAUGCUGAGGAAGUGUUUGAUGCCAUCGGUGGCGUUCUUCAAGAGGUCGGUGAUAAAAAUGAAGAUGACAUACGGGAGAUAUGCUUCCAGAUGUUCAGCACACUUCAUCUGACAAAAUGUAACGCUGGUCAGCAGCAGGUGUUGUUGGAGGCUCCAGUACAGCUAUCCCAAGUGUCUGCAGAUGCAGCCGCACCUGCUGAGGAUGUUCAUGGUAUAUGGAUGAUAAAGAGGAACCAGAAUUCAACUGUGGAUGCCAAGAAACUGGAGAAAGCAGAAGCCAAACUAAAGGCCAAACAUGAGCGCAGAAAUGAGAAAGACUCGCAGAAAACCUCCUCUCCGCUGGUUUUGGAGGAGGCUUCGGCCAGUCAGGCCAGUAGUAAGAAGGAAAGUCGCGCCGACUCCUCUGGGAAGAACCGUAGUUAUGACAUUCGCAUUGAGAAUUUUGAUGUGUCUUUUGGGGAGAGAUGUUUGCUGCAGGGUGCUGAGCUGUCUUUGGCCAGCGGCAGGCGCUACGGUCUCGUGGGCCGUAACGGGCUCGGUAAGACCACUCUGUUGAAGAUGUUGGCUAGCCGGAGUCUGCACGUCCCCUCGCAUAUUUCUAUUCUGCAUGUGGAGCAGGAAGUGGCUGGCGACGACACCACAGCUCUACAGAGCGUUCUAGAGAGUGACGUGGUCCGAGAGGAGUUGCUUAAGGAAGAGCGCUUACUCAAUGCUCACAUCGCCAAUGGAACCGCCGAUGGUUUAGAAAGUGUUCGUCUCUCUGAGAUUUAUGCCCGACUUGAAGAAAUAGAAGCAGAUAAAGCACCAGCCAGGGCAUCUGUCAUUCUAGCUGGUUUAGGCUUUUCACCCAAAAUGCAAAAGCAAACAACCAAGGAGUUUUCUGGAGGAUGGAGGAUGAGGGUAGCGCUAGCACAAGCUCUCUUUGCACGGCCUGAUCUUUUGCUGCUUGAUGAGCCCACAAACAUGCUGGAUGUCCGAGCCAUUUUGUGGCUGGAAAACUAUUUACAAACGUGGGUCUCCACCAUCCUUGUGGUGUCUCAUGAUCGUAACUUCCUGAACGCCGUUGUGACGGACAUCACACACCUGCACUCCCAGCGGUUGGAGAGUUACCGUGGUGAUUAUGAAAACUUCAUCAAAACAAAGGAGGACCGGCUGAAGAACCAGCAAAGAGAAUAUGAGGCGCAGUUACAGUACAGAGAACACAUACAGGUAAAGCAGAAACAGCACAGAGAACACAUACAGGUAAAGCAGAAACAGCACAGAGAACACGUACAGGUAAAGCAGAAACAGCACAGAGAACAAAUACAGGUAAAGCAGAAACAGCACAGAGAACACGUACAGGUAAAGCAGAAACAGCACAGAGAACACGUACAGGUAGAGCAGAAACAGUACAGAGAACACGUACAGGUAGAGCAGAAACAGCACAGAGAACACAUACAGGUAGAGCAGAAACAGCACAGAGAACACAUACAGGUUUUUAUUGAUCGCUUCCGGUAUAACGCCAACAGAGCCACUCAGGUGCAGAGUAAACUCAAGCUGUUGGAGAAACUCCCUGAACUGAAGCCCAUUGAGAAGGAGACUGAAGUCAUAUUGCGGUUUCCGGAUAACUUUGAGAAGCUAUCUCCGCCUAUCUUGCAGCUGGAUGAGGUGGAGUUCGGCUACACGGCCGACAUGAGGCUCUUCACGCAGCUCAACGUGUCAGUUGAUCUAGAGUCUCGCAUCUGCAUCGUUGGUGAGAAUGGAGCUGGUAAAUCCACCAUACUGAAGCUGCUAAUGGGAGAACUGAUGCCCAUCAACGGUACCAGAUACGCCCACAGAAACUUAAAGAUCGGCUACUUCAGUCAACAUCACGUAGAUCAGCUGGACCUCAAUGUCUGUUCCAUCGAGCUGCUACUUAAGAGAUUUCCUGGUCAUAUAGAGGAAGAGUACCGUCACCAGCUGGGCCGAUAUGGCAUCACAGGAGAGCUGGCCACGCGGCCGGUGGCGAGUCUUUCAGGAGGACAGAAAAGCCGUGUGGCCUUUGCACAGAUGACCAUGCCGUGUCCCAACUUCUACAUUCUGGAUGAACCGACAAAUCAUCUGGACAUGGAGUCGAUCGAGGCCCUUUCAAAAGCCCUCAACACGUUCAAAGGCGGUGUGGUUCUGGUGUCCCAUGAUGAGCGACUGAUCAGGCUGGUCUGCAAAGAGCUUUGGGUAUGCGAAGGGGGACGAGUCAAUCGUGUGGAUGGAGGCUUCGAUGAGUACAAGGACAUCUUGCAGGAACAGUUUCGACGGGAGGGAUACUUGUGAUUGAUACCUGUCAUCUGUUUCAUUACAAACACCAAAACUGCCAUCUUACCAGAGAGCUUCUGCAGUCGCAAGGGCCAGUAGGCUGUUUGGAUGUUCUUACUCGAGGCCAUUUCACUUCAAACUUCCCAAUUCACGUACCUCGCAUACUCUUGUGCAAGCCAACAAAUUGAAGAUCAAAUAAAGGCAAAGCGGACAUAUGUACAAAUUAAUGUUGUACUUGGCACCACUUUUAAAAGAUCGCUCAAAAUGCAACAAUAAAAUGAUAACUGUCCAACCAUUUUAAAUGUUCUUGUUGUAUUUGUUUCUUCAAAGAAACACAAAUGAUGUUGCUGUUUUUUACUGCAUAAUCAAAUUA